GCGGUGGCGGCUGCCGGGGGCGGCGGCGGCGGCGGCGGCGAAUUGGGGAGGCGGCGGCCUGGCUCGGCCUGGCCUGGCCUGGCCUGUCAGGGCGCGGGUGUCGGCGGUCCAGCACCAUGUCCCUGCAGUACGGGGCGGAGGAGACGCCCCUUGCCGGCAGUUACGGCGCGGCCGAUUCGUUCCCCAAGGACUUCGGCUACGGCGUGGAGGAGGAGGAAGAGGAGGCGGCAGUUGCGGGCGGCGGGGUCGGGGCGGGGGCCGGCGGAGGCUGUGGCCCGGGGGGCGCGGACAGCUCCAAGCCGCGGAUUCUGCUCAUGGGGCUCCGGCGCAGCGGCAAGUCCUCCAUCCAGAAGGUGGUGUUUCAUAAAAUGUCACCCAACGAGACCCUCUUCUUGGAAAGUACCAACAAGAUUUAUAAAGAUGACAUUUCUAAUAGUUCCUUUGUGAAUUUCCAAAUAUGGGAUUUUCCUGGGCAAAUGGACUUUUUUGACCCAACUUUUGACUACGAGAUGAUCUUCAGGGGAACAGGAGCAUUGAUAUAUGUCAUUGAUGCACAGGAUGACUACAUGGAGGCUUUAACAAGACUUCACAUUACUGUUUCUAAAGCCUACAAAGUUAAUCCAGACAUGAAUUUUGAGGUUUUUAUUCACAAAGUUGAUGGUCUGUCUGAUGAUCACAAAAUAGAAACACAGAGGGACAUUCAUCAAAGGGCCAAUGAUGACCUUGCAGAUGCUGGGCUAGAAAAACUCCACCUUAGCUUUUAUUUGACUAGUAUCUAUGACCAUUCAAUAUUUGAAGCCUUUAGUAAGGUGGUACAGAAACUCAUUCCACAACUGCCGACCUUGGAAAACCUAUUAAAUAUUUUUAUAUCAAAUUCAGGUAUUGAAAAAGCUUUUCUCUUUGAUGUUGUCAGCAAAAUCUACAUUGCAACAGACAGUUCUCCUGUGGAUAUGCAAUCUUAUGAACUUUGCUGCGACAUGAUUGAUGUUGUAAUUGAUGUGUCUUGUAUAUAUGGGUUAAAGGAAGAUGGCAGUGGAAGUGCUUAUGACAAAGAAUCUAUGGCAAUUAUCAAGCUGAAUAACACAACUGUCCUUUAUUUAAAGGAAGUGACUAAAUUUUUGGCACUGGUUUGCAUUCUUAGGGAAGAAAGUUUUGAACGAAAAGGUUUAAUAGACUACAACUUCCAUUGUUUCCGAAAAGCUAUUCAUGAGGUUUUUGAGGUGGGUGUGACUUCUCACAGGGGCUGUGGUCACCAGACCAGUGUCCCCAGCCUGAAAGCAUUGGCACACAAUGGCACGCCUCGAAAUGCCAUCUAGCCUGAAUUCUAGUUGUCGGGGCUCUGUGCCAGCUUACUCUUCACUCCAGGGUCAGAUGCCACGUGCUGCAGGACAUGGGAGUUGCCACUUGUGGGAAUCUGGUGCCUGUCCCACCAGAGACAAGGGGUAGAGUUUCUCAUUUGGAUGAAAACCCCUUCAACCAGUGGUCUACAACCGAAUCUACUAUUUCUUCUUUUUCAAAAAUGACCAAAAAGAAUUCUAGAGGCCACAGAAGUCAAGUGUGUGUUUCUCUUCUUUGGGGUCCUACUUUAAGUAGUUGGGAUAUUUUGGACCUGGAGACAACACCGCUUACCCAUCCUUUCCAUGGAAUGUUGCCACCAUUUACCAGUUGAAAAUAAUAGAACUGAGUUUUUAUAUGCUCCACUUAGGUUUUCAGUUGAGUAGUCUCUAAAAUGCUGCCUUGCUUAAGUUCUAACACUGCCUCUCAGACUUCACUUUUGGACAUUGCAUACCUAAGACCUUUUAAAUGCAUUUGCCUGCUAACUCAGAAGACUUGUGGUCUCACUGCAGCAAAGGACAUUCCUGUAUUUGUUACUGAAGAAAUGAGAACAUUUUAUGUUGCAUCAGAUCAAGGGCAAGGUUCAGCAGUGGAAGCACUGAGGAAAAAAUUUUAAAACAGAAGAAAAUAUUUGCAAUGGUGUUUUGGGUACCAGAUAUCUGGGUUCUUUUCUCCUGCAUAUGAUAAAUGAUCAUGAUCAGUGUAACAAAGGGAAUUUAAAAAAAAUUGUUUUCCCCACAAUCCCUCCUUCUUCUCGGGGAGGAACUCAUUAUGUCAUUGAAAUAUUUAACUCAUUUUUCUUUAAACUCGAUACCAGCAGCUACAUAUCUUUUAUUCUAUGCUAUCUAGAUUCUUUAAGUACAGCUGUUUUGUUGACCAUGAAUGACCCUAAGGCACUGGUCCCCUGGGAGUUGGAGAGAGCACAUGUGUUGUUAAACACUCUUCGUCUUCAGUAUUCUGACACCAAGUGUCACCUGUGGUACUUCCUUCACCUAGCAUAUUAAUUCAUAAUUUUUUCUUUUUGUUGUUGGUUGAUACCCUUUUUGUUCAUUUAAACUUACACAUUAUUUUUACUUCACAUGCCCAGUAGUCAUUUAUUCCAAAGCCACUGGACUACUUGAGUACAUAAGUGCCACUGUUGAAUGAAAUGUGUAUAUUCAGGUCUGUAAACCUAACAGUGCAACUUGGAGUGCUUCCUGCAGAUGACUCUGACUGCUGAGUAUUUACAUGGACCAUGGUGAUAUCCAAAAGAAAAGUGCUUUUAUAUUUAUAGAUUAUUUCAUUGAACUAUAUAAAAUGGGUAUCAAUAAAUGUAUUUACACCAAAA